UGCGGAAGUUCAUUUCAACUGCAGCCAUCAAUAAAACUACAAUUUGUAAACACUAUAUGAGUUUUGAAGCGGCUCUCUGGUAGCACAUGGCUGCAGAGGAAGCCGGAGGUGUGGACCGGGCUCCGGCCUGUCUGUGCGUCCUCUGCGGGCUCCCUGCCGCUGGGAAGUCCACGCUGGCCCGCAGAGUCCUCCGCACCGCUGCACAGCGCGGAUGGAGAGCUGGUGUUGUGCCUUAUGAUGACCUGAUCACCGAGCAUGCUUUUCAGAUCAGAGUGGAGGAGACUGACUGUGUGAAACGGCAAGAAAUACACACUGAAUGGAAGUUACACAGACAAGCAGUUUUGCAGUGCAUUGAGCAGUUCUUGGAGAAACCUCAAGUUUUGGCUGAGCUGCCGGUCAGCUGUCCGAUCAACAGGGCUGCAUGGGAACAAUGUAUUCGAGCUCUACUGCAGCCUGAACCUUUGGACGGCUCACAGGCUGACCAGGCGCCACUUCUCUUCCUACUGGAUGACAACUUCUACUAUCCAAGCAUGAGAUAUGAAGUGUACCAACUUGCAAGGAAGUAUUCACUGGGUUUCUGCCAGGUGUAUCUGCAGUGUGAUUUGGAGUCCUGCAUCAGCAGAAACCAGACCAGGUCUGAACCCAUUCCCACUGAGGUGAUGUUGGAGAUGGUGAAGCGUUUGGAGUCUCCAAAUCCACAGAAGAACUCAUGGGAGACAAACAGCGUUUCACUCAAUACCACAGACGACUUUUCCGAUUGUGACGUCCAGAGGGUGAUGGAGUUGAUCUCUUCUGCCCUUAGCAACCCAAUAAGCCAGGCUGAAGACAACACUGAACAAAAGGAGGCGGACCGCCUGAAAUGUGCAACUAGUGUGGUUCACCAGACCGACCAGGCCUGUAGACGCCACAUAUCUGAAGCCAUGAAGACAGCCAGAGAAAAUCAAGUACUUCCAGAGCACAUGAGGUCUUUGGCCGCUCAGCUGAACGAAUCCAAAGCAACUUUUCUUCAAAACCUGAGGAGACAGUUGUUACCAGAAGCAUCUUUCGCUCAAGAAGAGGAUAUUGAUGUAGAACGUGUGGUGAAAAGAGCAGUGGACAUUUUUGAUCAUGAGAAAGAGGAAAUCCUGUUGAGAGUCAUAAAUGAAAAUAAAUGACUUGAUUAUUUAUGAAUGCAUGACACGU